CACUAUCUGCAGUCUGCUUCCAGUCUCAGUGCUUCCACAUGUCUGAUCCAGUCGCGGGACGGGAAAGGGCCCGCAAGUUGGUCGAGGGGAUCUCCAAGGGACAUGGAUAUCUCGGGGAAGAUAUUCUCAGCCAGAUGUCGGAUGAGGUCCGUCGUCAAGUUGAAGAAGCGAUGCUAAGGAAAGAUGAAAUGAUAGGGUCUUCUGUGGUGACACUGUCCAAGAACCUCUACAAUAGCAGCGCGCGCUUCGUUUUCGAGUUGGUACAAAAUGCCGAUGAUAAUCACUACACGACAGCCAGGAGGCGCGCGACUGUUCCCUCGCUGGCCUUUCACGUCUACCCGCGUCGUAUUGUCGUAGAUUGCAACGAGGAUGGCUUUACACAUGAGAACCUUGUGGCAAUCUGCAAUGUCGGGAAGAGCUCCAAGACAGGUGCACAAGGUUACAUAGGCGAGAAGGGCAUUGGCUUCAAGUCAGUCUUCAUGGUCGCCUGGAAGGUACACAUCCAGUCUGGCGACUUUUCUUUCUCUUUCCGCCACAAGCCAGGCGGCUCGGGCAUGGGGAUGAUCUCGCCCAUCUGGGAGGAUGUUGAGGAACAGCUGCAGAGGCCGCUGACCCGUAUGACUCUCUAUCUACAUGAGGAUACAGCUCCGCGUGAAACCGCUAUGCAACAAUUCCGCGAGCUACAGGACACCCUGCUAUUGUUUACAAAGAACCUGCAGCGGCUAGAGGUGUCAAUGUACGAUGACGAGGAAAAGCAAUUAUCAUCAACGGUGUUUGCAAUUAGCAGCCAGAAUGAGAAUGUCAAGGUGCUGACCAAGACACUGCUCGCUCGAGAUGGAACGUCGGAGGAACUCACGCGCAACUACCACUUGACGAAAUACAUCGCACAUGACCUUCCUGGGAGUGAGAAUCGAACCUAUACUGAUAAGGAACAGAAGACCCGGGCAUAUAGUAGAGCCGAUAUCAUACUUGCAUUUCCUGUGACCAAAGAUUCUGUACCAGUCAUUGAACCACAAGAUGUUUUUGCCUUCCUUCCCAUCCGCAGUAUGGGUUAUACCUUUUUGAUCCACUCGGACUUCGUGACAGAUGCAAGUAGACAGGAUAUUGUCCGCUCUUCAGCACGAAAUCGUAAGCUACGGACUGAAAUUGCUAGCGCUUUCAAUGCAGCGGUAUUAGAGAUGUGCAAGCACCCUUCACUACGAUAUACAUGGAUGCGCUACCUUCCUCAACGCGACGGACAUCAAUGGGAUCCGUUCUGGAUAGAGCUGUUGGAUGAGAUAAAGUCACGGUUGACAACGAGUCCGAUUUUACAGAGCCGUACGAGUGGAUUUUGGUUUCCCAUCAAGCAGAUGCGGCGUCUACAGAACUUUGUGCAUGAUAAGUCUGGAGAUCCUCUAUUCCCAGAUUUGCAACGGGAGCAAUAUCUUUCUGCCCAUUAUUCUAAGAAAGACAUUGCACGACUCGAGGAGUAUGGCCUAAUUUUCCUAACGUUGGUUGAAGUUAUUGAUCGGGCUUGGAUGGACCUUCGAAUGCCCGAUUCCAAAAUGAAAAAUACGGACACCAGCGAAGACUGGCACUCUCGCGCUGCCACAAUUCUCAGCCGGUCCUUUCGCCAGGGCUUCAAUCGCGGUAUGGAGGAAGUCAAAGCUAUGCCCUUGAUUCCUCUGACAACCGGCAAAUGGGUGUCUAUCAAGAACGGGCCUGUGUACUUUUCAUCCAUCCAUGGGAUCAAGAUCCCCAGCGGCCUUGGGAUUGGUCUUGUAACUCCAGGAGCAAUGAGCAACCUAGAGCGUAAACAGCUGUUCGAAGAUCUAGGGGUUCAGGAGGCAUCUGUCGACUUCGUUCGGGAGCUGAUCAAGCAGAAGUAUUCGGUAUAUGGAAUAUUUCCUGUUCCAGUGUCGAGGGAGCAUCUGGUAUUCUUGUACCUCACAGAAUCCCUCGCCUUUCCUAGCUCAAAGAUUCUCCUCAAGAGUUUGUUUGACGGUAAGGGCCUGGCGUUUUCAGAUCAUAAGUCCCGGAUAAGACACCCAAAGGUCGAUCCUGUAUAUUUCCCCAAUCAAGAUCCCUAUGGUACAAAGGCACUUCUUGAACCCAUUCAAGGCGGAGCUCCAGGGUUAGACGUCUCGUUCUUGAAUGAGCAAUAUAUACGUGAUCCCCCACAGUGUCCUCCAAAUAUGCAGCGAACAUGGAUCGAGUGGUUACAGCGGGUAUUUCAUGUCCGAGAAACCCUUUCAAUCAUUGAACCAAGGAAAUCUUUGUCCAAAGCGAGACUAGGGCAAGAAUUUCUUUAUGUCGCACAGCACCGACCGGAGAAAUUCAUGGGACUGCUUUCGAACUGUUGGAAGCUCGACGGGCCUAGGGUCAUUCAGCAACCAGAACUGGUGGAUGAGAUUCGCAAUACCAUGGUACUCUGCGAGAAUGGCGGGAGAUAUCCAUUGUACGACACCUACAUUCCCGACCCGGAGCGGAGGGCGACGGUUUCAAGAUUCAUGAGGGACGAGGAAUUCCCGUGGUUGCAAUUGGAUCAACCUAUAGGUGAAGACAGCCUCACACAGCAAUGGACUGCGUUAACGAAGGCUCUUGACUUUGGCCAUCCCAAAUCUCAAGUUCACUUUUAUCUCCACAUACUGAAAUUUCUAGAUGAGGCUCUGUGGGAAGGAGCCUCUGACGCUAGUAGGAUGUUUGACCUUUAUGUCAUAUUGCAGAUGGAAUGUCGCGCCAAUCCUUCUGCUACAGAUACCGUUUGGGAUACUGUGUAUGAACGGUUUGGCGGGAUAUGGAUUCCGCCAAAAGCCUAUGCAUAUGUCGAAAAUUGUCUUUGGGAGGCACCUCGCCAUAUGAAGAGCAAGUAUCCCCUUAAGUCACUGUUUACAGAGUACUGUCGGCAGAAUCAGGCAGAUGCUGUGUAUCUCAGAGACUUCUUUCAAAAAACCCUGAAAAUUCCCGAUGUCAGAGCGGAUGAUCUCUUGGUCGAGUUGACGAAGCUGCAGUCUGACAAGUGUGACGACUUCGACCAAAUCAGCUCAAUAUAUAUAAAUUUGCACCGGAUGUUCAAUCAGAUGCCUUCAGGAACGGUGAUCUCUUACCGCAAACGGUUUGUCGAAGAUCCUCUCAUCUAUGUGGCCCCCAAUUGGUAUACCACUCCAGAGUGCCUUUGGUCAACAGCUACUUCAAUUCCAGGUCGUACUGCACUCAAUGACCAUUACCAGGACUUGAAAGAAUUCUUUGUCGAUCUCCUGGGUGUUCAGACCCUCACCUUGGAGAUGGUCGUAGAAAAGCUUCGAGACCAGGGUCGGACGGGCUCUUCUUCCGUGGACGAGGUCAAAAGCACAAUUUGGACCCUGAAUUCUCUACUUCAGAGUGAACAGGCGAGCAUUGUACCUCCUGAUCAGGUUCUGGACAGCGCUGUAUUUCCCGUUCGGUUCCCUCAGGGUGGCGUCCAGCUUCAGACUUCUGCGAGUACGUUUGCAAUUGCGGAUCGCAAGCACCUCUUAAGUCACUUUAGUCCUAAAGCCAAACUGCUGGACUUUGAGGUGGAUGAAGUCCCACGCCUUGAGCCAUUUCUACAGUGGACUGGGUUGAAAGACCGUUAUUUAUCGUCCUGUAUAAAAGAGAUUACAAUGGUGGGAGGAGAUGAUGCUCGACCUUUAUCUAACCCUGGCCGUGACAUUUGUCGAAAGGCACAUGGACUCCUUCGCGUUGCGGUUCAUCUUAAGAGUCCCCGAGCAGUUCAGGAUGAAGACACCUUCUAUGAAAUCCUCAAAUCAAUCAGCAUGAAAGAAACUAACGGGAUCUCAUCUGAGCUUCACCUCAACCAGGACGGCAAGGACCUCAAGGUAGAGGUUUCAAGGAGUGAACUGCACCUCGAUGAACGAGACAAGCAACUCACUGUGUACAUUCCGGAAGACAAACGCAGUCAAGAUAUUUGUUUUCUGGACCGCAUUCCACUGGCACUGCUGCAAUGGAUGAUGACCGAUCCAUUAACGCGGAUCACCCACGAGUUCAGUGACAGCUUUGUCACUAUAAUACAAACCCUUCUGCAAGCGGAGAAGAAUUAUGUCUCAGAACUUAUGGACCGCGCUGGUAUUAUGUCCAUCGCGAGGGCAGACGACACAGUUGUUACGGAAGAGAGUGAAAGUCAGCAAUCGCAAGAGAAUGAAAAUCAGGAAUCGCACAGCGACCGAUCGUCACCUGCCGGUCGUAGUAACUCACUCGUUGAACAGCCUACCCCUGAGCGAGAUGAGCCGACAUAUACGCCACCUCGACCGAGACAGGGCUCUUGGGCGUCAGAAACUACCGUUGUCUCUUCCUCGAUGCGGGCCCUUCCUGUAGCUCGCCCAUCUCCAGUCCUCUUGCAGGAUUAUACACAAACGACAGACGACCCCGAAUACCACCAAUUGCUAUCUUCUGUGCUUGCGUCUGCCAGGAAUGCCAUAUUCCCCAGCCAAGGCACCUUCGACAUGGCGGGUUUGGAUGACUCAAUCACAUCAGGUGCAGCCGCUCAGACCAUCCGGCUGCGAACCUCCGACCAGCUUGAGCGUGACUUCAAGAUCGGCGCAGCGGGUGAACUAUUCGUAUUCAAACUCCUCUCACGACUAGACCCACCCCUCCCUGCCUUCACCCGCGACAACUGGCAGAGUGUAAUCCGAAAGUUCGUUACAAUUCUUCCCGAGUACUCGGACAUGACAGCAUGGCAUGGCCGCGAGACAGCAGACAUCACCUACGACGACCACGACGGAGUCCUCACCUCCCUUUUUAUAGACAAGGGAUAUCUACGUGACGAUGUCUGGAGGGGAAAGAAACCCCGGUUCUACAUGGAAGUCAAGUCCUCUACUGCGGACAACCGAACGCCCUUCUUCAUGAGCAAGUACCAGUACCGACGGAUGCAAGAAAUGUCCAACGGCGAGACCCAGUCUGAUAACAUGGACACGGUAUACGUAAUCUUUCGGGUAUAUAAUCUAGGGCAGCGGGGUAUGAGGGUGAAAGUAUAUGUGGAUCCGGAAAUGAUGCGCGUGAGGGAGGAGUUGCUGUUUACUGCUGAGGGGUGGUCGGUUGUUCCGGCUUGA